AUGGCUGACGAAAAUCCGGAAUUCACAAAGACUCCCUGCUCAACCUGCAAAGAGGUGUCGACCGAGGAUGAGGUGAUGGUGGGCUGCGAUUGCUGCAAGCUGUGGUUCCAUGCUCGGUGCGUCAACUUCAAUCCGGCUGAUAAGAAGUCGGGGAAGAAAUGGUACUGUCCGGACAAGGACUGCCAGAAGAAGAAAAAGACUAAGAAGUCUGUUGAGGUACCGCUCCCAGUGCCCCCCGAGUUGCAAGAGAAGCUGGAUGCUUUGGAAGAAACUCGGAAGCGUGCGGAAGCGGAACAGGAGAUGACGCGAGUCCUGAAGGAGAAGGAGUUUGAACUGGCUGCUUAUCUUCAGGAGCGUCAGAUGAAGAUCGACGAAGAGCUCCGCGAGAAGGAAGCCAAAAGGGCUGAGGAACUUCGCGAGAGGGACUUCAAGCGGCGCGAGGCCGAUCUAGCGGCGGAGAUGGUGAAGAAGGAGGAGCACCUGAAGCGGAUCCAACAGCUGGAAACAACGUUCCGGGACAAAAGCGCCUCCAUCGACAAGCUGCUGAAAAACAGUAGUACUCCGCUAAGAAACCCCGAAGUCAAACCGCUGACUGAAGGAAACGUCGCUAAACACGACGGCCGCGAAGAUCCUGAGGUCGAUCCGGCGAAACCUGGAGACAUUCCGGAUAAUCCUGGGACCAAUCCGGGAACUCCUGGAAGCAAUCCGGGUUCGACAAAGUCGUCUAAGAAACCGGAGUCCUCGUCGGAUAGUUCGUCGGCGUCCAGCGUCUCGACCGACGCCAACGGUGACGGAAAGAGCGGAAAAACGGCAAAGUCGACCAAAGUUGAUGUGUCCAAGCCAGACGGGCUGGGGCUGCACGGAUCGGGUCCAACGAAGGCCCAGCGAGCUGCACGACAAGGGCUGACAAGGAAGCUGCCAGACUUCCACGGCAAGCCAGAAGAGUGGCCAUUGUUCUUCGCGGCCUACCAAGCGUCAAACGAAGCCUGCGGGUACACGGACGUGGAAAAUCUCGUGCGACUACAGGACUGCCUGAAAGGCAGAGCGCUCGAGGAGGUGCGUGGCCAGCUCAUUCUGCCCAAGUCGGUUCCGCGUGUGAUCGCCAAGCUUCGCCAGAUCUACGGCCGCCCAGAAGUGCUGCUGCAAAGCCACCUGCAACGAGUGCGCAAGCUGGAGCCGCCGAGAGCGGACAAGUUGGGAUCGUUCAUCCCGUUCGGCAAUGCAGUGGAACAAUUGUGCGAACACAUCGAAGCCGCAGAACUAACGGCGCAUCUGGUCAAUCCGAUCUUGAUCCAGGAACUCGUCGACAAGCUCCCGGACGGGGAGAAGAGGAGUUGGGUGCACUACAAGCGCAAGAAGCGCGAGGUGAAUCUGCGUACGCUCACCAACUUUCUCUCGAAGAUCGUCGAGGACGCGUGCGAGGCGACGGUCAACCUAGACUACAAACCGGACGUCAGAGCAGCGUCGGGAUCGAGCGGCCGAAAGGAAUCUACAGAGCGGCGAGAGCAGAAACAGCAAAGGCCGUGCAAGGCGUGCCAGUGCACGGACCAUCGGCUGUGGAACUGCGAGGACUUCAAGAAGCUGCCCUACGAAGAUCGAGCGAAGAUGGCGACGAAGUGGAAGCUUUGCCAACGCUGCCUGAAUGACCACGGCGGCCAAUGCAAGCUCAAACUUCGCUGCAACGUCGGAGAGUGUCGCGAGCCGCACAAUGCUUUGCUUCAUCCGGAGACCAGGGCAGUCGGCAUGAACGCACACAUUACGUCCACGAGUCCCGUGCUGUUCCGGAUGCUCCCGGUAAAAGUCUACUGCGGUGAGAGAUCAAUGAUCGUGCUCGCUUUCCUCGACGAGGGUUCGUCCCUCACCCUGAUCGAAAGUGGUCUAGCCGACCGUUUGGGGCUGUUGGGGACGAAGGAGAAGCUCACCAUCAAGUGGACGGCCAACGUCACACGAGUGGAACAACAUUCGAGGCGGACAAAUAUUUGGGCGUCGGCGAUCAACGGGACGAAUGGCGAGAAGCUGCUGCUGCAAUCUGUGCGUACGGUGGACAAGCUGAUGUUGCCACGCCAAACACUAAAUGCUGCUGAAGUUUCGUCACACUACGAUCACUUGCGCGGGAUUCCGAUGGAUUCGUACGACGGUCGGCCAGGAAUGCUGAUCGGGUUGAAUAACAUUCAUUCGUUCGCACCGCUGGAAACGAAGGUCGGCACGAUUGUCGAUCCGGUGGCAGUCCGGUGCAAGCUCGGCUGGACGGUCUACGGACCGCGGGAUGCAGAGUCGGCGGGCGCGAGCUGUUUCCUCGGAUGCCACCAAGAAGUGACGAACGAGGAGCUGCACGAUCUUCUCAAAAGCCACUAUUCGCUGGAAGAAGCGGUGGUGACUGUGCAGCGGGAGUCGGUCGAGGAUCAGCGGGCGAGGAAGAUCAUGGAGGAAACUACGCGUCGCGUGGGUGACCGCUUCGAGACCGGACUGCUGUGGAAGACCGACGACGUCAAGUUCCCGAACAGCUACCCGAUGGCUGUGAAGCGGAUGAAGCAGCUGGAGAAGAAACUUGAGCGUUCGCCGGAAUUGUACAACAACGUCAAGAAGCAGAUUCUGGACUACCAGGCCAAGGGAUACGCGCACGAAGCCACCGCGGAGGAACUGAACGAAACCGAUAACAACAAAGCGUUCUACUUGCCGCUCAACGUGGUGGUGAACCCGAAGAAGCCGGGGAAAGUUCGGCUGGUUUGGGAUGCGGCGGCGACGAUUGGUGGAGUCUCUCUCAACUCGAUGCUGGUGAAGGGACCAGAUCUGCUCGUGCCACUGGUGUCAGUGAUCUGUGGGUUCCGCGAACGACGAGUUGCCUUCGGCGGGGACAUCCGCGAGAUGUACCACCAGCUGAAGAUUAUCUCCGGGGACAAGCAAGCUCAACGCUUCCUCUUCCGGGACAAUAUCAACGAAGAGCCGAAAGUGUACGUGAUGGACGUCGCUACAUUCGGGUCGAAGAGUUCGCCGGCGUCGGCGCAGUACGUCAAGAACCGCAAUGCGGAAGAGCAUGCCGGUCAGUAUCCGGACGCCGUGGCUGCGAUCAUCAAUCGACACUACGUCGAUGACUAUUUUGACAGCGUCGACACCGUCGAGGAAGCUGUCAAGCGAGCGAAGCAGGUGAGCCACGUCCACAAACAAGGUGGUUUCGAGAUCCGCAACUGGGUGUCCAACUCGCCGGAAGUGCUGACUGCUCUGGGCGAAGAGAAGCCGAUGAGUCCUGUGCUGCUGAAUCAGGACAAGCAAACACCCAGCGAACGCGUACUCGGCGUGCGGUGGGACCCGGAGCUGGACGAAUUCGCCUUCGCCGUGAUGCACCGCGAAGAACUGAUGAAGUACCUGAAAGAGGGGAAAAGGCCAACCAAACGGAUCGUACUGAGCUGCGUAAUGGGAUUUUUCGAUCCGCUCGGCCUGCUGUCGCCGUUCACAAUCCACGGGAAGAUCAUCAUCCAACAUUUGUGGCGAACCGGCUGCAGAUGGGACCAAGACAUUGACGACGAAGCCUGGAUUCUGUGGAAGCGGUGGACGGCACUGCUGCCGGAAGUCGAAGCGCUGCGGUUUCCCCGGAGCUACUUCGGCGAUGCGAUGUCCUCGUCGAUCGAGAGUCUCGAGCUGCACAUCUUCAGCGACGCGAGCGAGCUGGCCUACGGUUGUGCGGCGUACCUACGCGCGGUCAUUGACGGCCAAGUUCACUGCAGUCUCGUCAUGGCGCGAUCGAAGGUGGCACCGCUGAAACGACAAUCAAUUCCACGACUGGAGUUGAUGGCGGCGUGCAUGGGAGCGCGCAUGAGCCAGCAGAUCCUCGGAACUCACACGCUGCAGAUCGACCAUACCGUUUUCUGGACCGACUCGAGGACCGUCCUUGCGUGGCUGCGCGCAGAUCCCUACAAGUACAAGCAGUUCGUCGCCUUUCGGGUCGGGGAGAUUCUGGAGCUGACGAGACUGGACGAUUGGAGAUGGGUGCCUUCCAAGAAGAACAUCGCGGACGUUCUCACGAAGUGGGGACCUGGACCGCCACUGCAGAACGACUCGGAAUGGCGGAACGGUCCGGCGAUACUGUUCGAGCAGGAUAACCUCGUCUCACCGCCUGAGCAGAUCGAGGAGACGAACGAAGACGCACGAGGCGUGGUACUGUUCCACAGGACAUUCAACGUAGAAGCGGUCUCGACGUGGGCAAAGCUGGUGAGGGUGACUGCAACGGCGGUACGCUUCAUCGAAAAUUGUCGUCGCAAAAAGGACGGCCGUCCAGUACUGACUGCAAAGGCCACGAGUCGCCUAGCCAAGCUGGUCAAAGCGCAGCACGAGACGGAUGUUCAACCGCUGCAACAAGACGAGCUGCAGAAGGCCGAGAGGAUUCUGUGGAAGCAAGCGCAGUUCGAGAGCUUCCCUGAUGAGAUGAGCGUGCUGACAAAGAACCUACAGCUGAAACAGGGUGAGUUGCCGGAGAAGAUCGAGCGGUCGAGUCCGCUCUACAAGCUGCUGCCGGUGCUCGACGAGGAUGGUGUUCUGCGCGUUCGUGGAAGGCUGGAGAAGAACGAAUCGAUCCCGUUCGACAAGCGAUUCCCGAUCAUCCUGGGUCGAAAACACGCCGUCACCAAGAAGAUCAUCCAGCACUACCACGAGAAGUACGGUCACGCGAAUCGGGAGACCGUGUUCAACGAGCUGCGUCAGAAGUUCUGGAUUCCGAACGCACGGGCCGCGAUCCUGGAGGUGGUCAAGGAGUGUGUGUGGUGCAAGGUGAACCGUUGCGUGCCGUUCGUCCCAACAAUGGCGCCGCUUCCGGUCGAACGCACUGCAGCAACCAUGCGACCGUUCAGCGCGGUGGGCGUCGAUUACCUGGGACCGGUCGAAGUCACGGUGGGUCGCCGCAGAGAGAAGCGCUGGAUCGCCGUCUUCACGUGUCUAGCGGUCAGGGCGGUGCAUCUCGAAGUGGUCCAUAGCCUCACCACGCAAUCGUGCCUGAUGGCCCUCCGGAGGUUCGCGUGCAAGCGAGGCGUUCCCGAGAAAGUGUUCUCCGACAAUGCUACGUGCUUUCGGGGAGCGGACGCGGCGAUGACGAAGGCGAUCAACAAGGAGUGCGCGGAGCAGAUGACGUCGGCGACCACUGCAUGGUCCUUUAUCCCACCUGGGACGCCCCACAUGGGCGGGGCCUGGGAACGGAUGGUGCGAUCGGUGAAGGAGGCGUUGUGCGCACUCGACGACGGACGAAAGCUGACCGACGAAAUUCUCUCCACAUCUUUGGCGGAGGCCGAAGACAUGAUCAACACUCGGCCUUUGACGUACGUCCCUCAAGAGUCCGCUGAAGAAGAAGCCAUCACGCCAAACCAUUUCCUGCGCGGGACGGUAACGAGCGCGGACCUCAAGCUGGACGAGACGGUGGACACCGCUGCAGCACUACGAGACGUGUACAAGCGAAGCCAGCAGCUGGCGGGCAAGAUGUGGGAGCGGUGGUCGAAGGAGUACCUGCCCUCGCUGAACCGGCGUCCAAAGUGGUUCGAGGAUCGCAAGCCCCUCGAAGCGGGUGACCUGGUGUUUGUGGUCGACGGCAAGAACCGGAAGAGCUGGGUACGAGGUCGAGUGGUCGAGGUGUUCAGCGGGUCGGACGGACGCGUUCGGCAAGCGGACGUGAGGACAGCAGACGGGAAGGUCAACAGGAGAGCAGUGAUUAAUUUAGCGGUGUUGGAGAUCAGAGACGGUAAGUCCGACGUGCCGGAAGGCCCGACGGAUCUUACGGGCUGGGGUGUUGCUACCGCUGGGAUGGGCACACUGGCCGACGGUGCAACGCCGGCGGUGUAA